AUGAAGAAGUUUAAUUUCCGAAAAGUUUUGGAUGGCUUAACGGCCUCAUCCCCUGGCAGUGGCAGCGGCAGUGGCAGUAACAGUGGUGGCGGGGCUGGAAGUGGUUCCACACAUCAGGCAGGGACUGCAGGGAUUCUCAGAGAGGAGAUUCAGGAAACCUUGACUUCAGACUAUUUCCAAAUUUGUAAGACAGUUCGGCAUGGUUUUCCUUAUCAGCCCACCACAUUAGCCUUUGAUCCAGUUCAGAAAAUCUUGGCUAUUGGGACGAGAACUGGUGCUAUACGAAUACUUGGAAGACCUGGUGUUGAUUGUUAUUGUCAACAUGAAAGUGGUGCGGCUGUCCUGCAGCUCCAGUUCUUAAUCAAUGAGGGUGCUUUGGUCAGUGCAGGUUCAGAUGAUACACUUCAUUUGUGGAACCUUAGACAAAAAAGGCCAGCUAUUCUUCAUUCUCUCAAAUUUAACAGAGAACGAAUUACUUACUGUCAUCUACCUUUCCAGAGUAAAUGGCUCUAUGUUGGAACAGAAAGAGGAAAUACACAUAUUGUAAAUAUUGAAUCUUUCAUUCUUUCUGGAUAUGUUAUCAUGUGGAACAAGGCAAUUGAACUAUCCACAAAGACUCAUCCAGGUCCAGUUGUGCAUUUAAGUGAUAGUCCAAGAGAUGAAGGGAAAUUGCUAAUAGGUUAUGAAAAUGGUACUGUAGUUUUCUGGGACUUGAAAUCCAAAAGAGCAGAACUGAGAGUUUACUAUGAUGAGGCUAUUCAUUCAAUUGAUUGGCAUCAUGAGGGCAAACAAUUCAUGUGCAGCCAUUCAGAUGGUAGCUUGACUUUAUGGAACCUGAAAAGCCCAAGUCGUCCUUUCCAGACCACAGUUCCACAUGGAAAAAGUCAAAGAGAAGGAAGAAAACCUGAAUCUUGCAAACCAAUUCUUAAAGUAGAAUACAAGACUUGUAGAAACAGUGAACCAUUCAUAAUAUUUUCUGGUGGACUGUCCUAUGACAAAGCUUGCAGAAGACCAAGUUUAACCAUCAUGCAUGGAAAAGCAAUCACAGUGCUUGAAAUGGAUCACCCUAUUGUUGAAUUUCUAACUUUGUGUGAAACACCCUAUCCAAAUGAAUUUCAAGAACCUUAUGCUGUUGCAGUACUUCUGGAGAAAGAUCUCAUUGUAGUUGAUCUGACACAAAGCAACUUUCCAAUCUUUGAAAAUCCAUAUCCCAUGGACAUUCAUGAAUCACCAGUUACGUGCACAGCAUACUUUGCUGACUGCCCACCAGAUUUGAUUCUAGUGCUCUACUCUAUAGGAGUCAAGCAUAAAAAACAAGGAUACAGUAAUAAGGAGUGGCCAAUCAGUGGAGGAGCUUGGAACCUUGGCACACAAACAUAUCCAGAAAUCAUUAUUACUGGGCAUGCAGAUGGAUCAAUCAAGUUUUGGGAUGCAUCUGCAAUAACUCUGCAGAUGCUAUACAAGCUAAAAACUUCAAAAGUGUUUGAAAAACAGAAGGUAGGAGAAGGAAAACAAACAUGUGAGAUUGUAGAGGAAGACCCAUAUGCCAUUCAGAUGAUCUACUGGUGUCCAGAGAGCAGAAUAUUCUGUGUAUCAGGAGUCUCUGCAUAUGUCAUAAUCUAUAAGUUCAGCAGACAUGAAAUUACAACAGAAAUAGUGUCUUUAGAGGUACGACUGCAGUAUGAUAUUGAAGAUAUUAUUACCCCAGAACCAGAAACAAGUCCUCCAUUUCCAGAUCUUUCAUCCCAGCUUCCUUCAAGGAGUCUCUCUGGGAGCACUAACACUGUGGCUAGUGAAGGAGUAACAAAGGACAGUAUCCCAUGCCUCAAUGUUAAAACACGACCAGUGCGGAUGCCUCCGGGAUAUCAAGCAGAACUUGUUAUUCAGUUGGUGUGGGUGGACGGUGAACCUCCACAGCAGAUUACUAGCCUUGCUGUGAGCUCGGCAUAUGGAAUAGUUGCAUUUGGGAACUGCAAUGGGUUGGCUGUGGUGGAUUUUAUACAGAAGACUGUACUGUUAAGCAUGGGGACGAUUGACCUGUAUAGAUCAAGUGACAUAUACCAACGACAACCACGGUCUCCUCGAAAAAACAAGCAGUUCAUUGCAGACAACUUUUGCAUGCGUGGCCUGUCUAACUUUUAUCCUGAUUUAACGAAACGGAUCCGUACUUCCUAUCAGAGCUUAACUGAGUUGAAUGACAGUCCAGUUCCCCAGGAACUUGAGCGCUGCAAGUCACCUACUUCAGGACUUGCUACCAGAACUCCCGAGGCAGCACCAGGCUUUUAUAGGAAUGAAAUACCAGCUAUGAGACAGAGGAAUCAAGUACAUCAUUUGCCAGACCAUGUAAAUGGACACUGCACAAGUCCCACUUCUCAGAGCUGCAGUUCUGGAAAACGACUUUCCAGUGCUGAUGUUUCAAAAAUAAAUCGCUGGGGUCCUGGAAGACCACCAUUUCGAAAAGCACAGUCAGCUGCUUGCAUGGAGAUUUCUUUGCCAGUUACAACAGAAGAAAGUCGAGAAAAUUCCUAUAAUCGUUCUAGAAGCUCUAGCAUCUCCAGCAUUGACAAAGAUUCUAAAGAAGCGAUUACAGCACUAUACUUCAUGGAGUCCUUUGCUCGGAAAAAUGACUCUACUAUCUCCCCUUGUUUGUUUGUUGGAACUAGUCUGGGAAUGGUGUUAAUCAUCUCCCUAAACCUACCUUCAGCAGAUGAACAAAGAUUUACAGAGCCAGUCAUGGUACUGCCAAGUGGUACAUUCCUCUCAUUGAAAGGAGCUGUCCUAACAUUCUCCUGUAUGGACCGAACUGGUGGGUUAAUGCAACCACCAUACGAAGUUUGGAGGGAUCCAAACAACAUAGAUGAAAAUGAGAAAUCUUGGAGAAGGAAACUGGUCAUGAACUGCCCCUCUCCAUCCCAAGAAACAGGAGAUCAUCAGUACACAAUAAUCUGCUCAGAGAAACAAGCUAAAGUCUUCUCACUGCCUUCUCAGACUUGCCUCUAUGUUCAUAACAUCACAGAAACAUCUUUUAUACUGCAAGCAGAUGUGGUGGUCAUGUGUAACAGUGCCUGCUUGGCAUGCUUUUGUGCCAAUGGGCAUAUCAUGAUAAUGAGCCUACCUAGUCUUCGCCCAAUGUUAGAUGUUAAUUAUUUGCCACUGACAGACAUGCGGAUAGCACGGACAUUUUGUUUUACCAAUGAAGGACAGGCAUUAUACCUCGUCUCUCCUACUGAAAUUCAGCGGUUAACAUACAGCCAAGAGAUGUGUGAUAAUCUACAGGACAUGCUGGGAGAUUUGUUUACUCCUAUAGAGACACCAGAAGCUCAAAACAGAGGCUUUCUCAAGGGCUUGUUUGGUGGAAGUGGACAAACAUUUGACAGAGAAGAGCUCUUUGGGGAAGCUUCCGCAGGAAAAGCAUCACGCAGCCUCGCACAGCACAUUCCUGGACCAGGUGGUAUAGAAGGGAUGAAAGGUGCUGCCGGAGGGGUGAUGGGAGAGCUGACUCGUGCACGGAUCGCACUUGAUGAGAGAGGACAGAGGCUAGGAGAGCUGGAAGAGAAAACUGCAGGCAUGAUGACCAGUGCAGAGGCAUUUUCCAAACAUGCACACGAGUUAAUGCUGAAAUAUAAGGAUAAGAAAUGGUACCAAUUCUAA